GUGAGGUUAGAUUCUACAUGUGUGAAUUUAUUUGGAAGCUGUGUUGUUGAUAUUAACACCGAUUUUGUCCGUUGAAUUUAGUGCUUUACUACAUUACAAAAAUGGUGUCAGUAAAACCUAAAGUGCCGAUUAAGGCAAAAAAUAAGGAAAACAAGAAGCCUGUUAAAAUUGAAAAGCAAAAUAAAAAAGUAAAGCCGCAAAAUCCAAAACCUAAGGUUACUCCACCUUCACCAAAGGAAACUAAAAUUGUGAAACAAGUUAAAGAGGAAAUUAAAAAGGAAGAUGCACUGAAGAAGAAAGCCAAAUACGUGAUGCCUUCAGCGAGUAUCACAGAUGAUAUCGUCAACUCUUGUUUGAGCGCAUUGCUCGAUGUUAUUGUCCCCAACGAUAGACAGAAAAACAAAAUAUUCGAAGACGAGAAACCUAUAUUUGCUGAAAUUCACUGUAUAAAAAUACAGAACACAAGAGGAAAUGUAAGAUUUGUUUUACCACACAGUACCGUUGCUUCCACUGGAGAAGUAUGCUUAGUUACUCCUGAUAUCAAAAAGGGACGAAAACAUGACCAUGAACCCACUAUUGAUCGCUGGGAAGAAAUAUUAAGAAAGGAAGGUAUAACUGGGGUCAAAACAGUACUACCAGUGAGACAACUGAAAGUGGAGUAUGACCAAUUUGAACUAAAACGCAGACUGUUAACUCAACAUGACUUUAUAAUGGUAGACACUAGAGUACUCAACCAUGUUUCACAUAUGUUGGGAAAAAUGUUCUUUAAAAAACAUAAUAUGUUAAUCCCGGUUAGAAUAAAUGAAGAGAAAAACUUAAAGAAAAGUAUUGACAUUGGACUUAGAACAGCUAUUUUACGUCUUAGUGAAGGGGAGACCUCAACUAUCACUAUAGGUCACACAGCUAUGCCUAAAGAGAAACUAAAAGAAAACAUCAUUUCUUUAGUUCACCAACUACAGACAAAAUUCCCUGGUGGGGAAGCAAACAUUAGAGCCAUAUCUUUGAAGUUGCCUCUAUCAGUAUCGCUUCCUUUAUAUCUCACUUUACGACCAUCAAACACAAUCAAGCCACCAAAACUAACUCAAAAGAGACCUAAGCACUACACUGUAUUGGAAGAUGAACUGUCCACACUACCUGGCAGGGUUGUCAGGGUAGCCCCUGAUGGUACUGUCAAGGUUAAGAAACUUAAACUGGCUCCCCAGGCUAGUAAAAAAGUAGAAGAAGAUGAUGAAGAAGAGGAAUUAGAGGAUGAGGAUGAAGAUAAUAAUGAGGAAGAAGGAGAAGAAUCAGAUGCAAAUGAUGAUUAAUUCAAUAUAAUCUUUAUUCAUACUUUACAGGCUUGUAAAAAAACAUGUCUUCAUUGAAUAAAUGACAUUGAGAACUAUUUAAGAACUAUUUUAUUUAUGCAGCUGUGUUAUCACUUAAGUUUAUGGAAGAUGCAUUUAUUGAACAGGUUGAUCUCCUUAUUGGCCAUACUUUCUUGAAUUUUUUAAAGUUCUUAAGAGAAGUAUUGUGAACAGAACUAAUAUCAGUCUCAAUAAUUGAUUCUCGCUUUACAAUCAAAUUAUUACAAGAAGUAACUAUAGUGCAACAUAAAUCUAAUUUGUUCAUUUGCUCUUCUAAUUCUUCACAUUUUUCUUUCUUCAAUGUUGGUAAUGUCCUGGAAUUUUGUUCCAUUAACUCUUUUAAUUUAGAUCCUCUCAUUGCUGAUAUCUCAUCCGCUGAAAGGCCUUUAAUUUUAGGAACAAUUAUAUUUCCCUCAACUGCAUCUUGAGUAUCAUUUUUCUUUUUAUUUAUAUUGAAAAUACUAAAGUUUUGUUUGGGAGUAUUAUUUGUAUCAGACUUAACAUCCUGACUAUUUUGAACCUCAGUCUGAACAAAAUUAAACAGAUUGUCAUCUGCAUUGUUGUCAUUAAUUUUUCUUUUCUGUGGUCUUGCGAGAUUGAGUUUCUUUACUUUAUUUCCUAUAGUAUUGUUAGUAGAACCUGUUUUAACAAAAUUAAAUACAUAAUUACUGUCAUUAUCCGCUGUUUCUGGUGGAUUAUUUUGUAAUGUUUCACUGUUAUUCUCUUUAUCCAUUGCCACUUUUUUUGUAGGGUUCAAUGACUUAUCAUCAUCUGACAGUCUUCUUUUGACACUUUCAGUUUUCACAUUGGCUACCAAGCAAGAUGUAGCUAGCUUUUUGUUAGCAUUAACUUGUCCUUCAGUUGUGACCUCACUGAAUUUUCUUUUAUUAGAAUGGUUAUUAGCUUGUUCUUCAGACAUUAAACUCUCAUCUAUUACAAUAUUUUCUUUUUUCUGUUCAGAAUCAGGGUCUUGGGAUUCAGGGGCCAAUACUUUUGAUUGUUUUACUGGUGCUUGUGUUUGUUUAACUACUUCAGAUGUGAAACUAAAGUUGGGAUUACAAUAUUUGUCCAAAGAACAGUACAAUAUAGCAAGACCAAUCUCUGCAUCAGCCACAACUCUUUUACCUUUGUUUUUUAACUGAGCAACAAUAUCAUUAAUUGUUUUCUUUUGUGAUUGAGUUUCUUGACUGGCACCACUUGCAAUAUAUUGUAUCACAAUCAUAUUUUCGGCACAUAGCAUAGAAGUAGUCAUCCUACAUUCACUCAACAGCAUAGGAGUGGCACCACUUUUAACCAACACAGUUUUAUACAUCUCAUGCUGCCUCUUUGAGAAAAAUACAAACUUCUUUCCUUUAAACAAUGUCCUGCGCCGGGAAUCUGGCAGGAAUGAAACUACUUCUUUGUUAAGUGUAGAUUCUACAAUUUUGGGCAGGUACUCUUUAGGGUCUGGUAGCACCAUAAAAUUUGUAAUGUUUUCAAGACACUUGUUCCAAAAAUCAACAGUGACAAUAUCCGAUCCUUGCACCAAAGCUAACACAACUUUAAUAGUCAAUGUGAUAGCAGGCAUAGUUAGGUAAUUGCAAGUGUCAUCCCAAUCUCCCUUCAAAAUGCCAUUCAUUUUAGAUAUAGUCAGUUUCAAAUUUUGGAGAUUUUCUCCUUUCAAUGUCGAUGUACAUGUUAUCAGAUCAAUAACUUUAACUUUCCAUACACUGUUGAUUUUACCAAACUUUACAACAUCAUUCUCCUUUAAUUUUAUGUUGACAUUAUGUUCGGUUUUGUUGGAGUUGACGAAGGUUCCGUAUUUAGAACCUAAAUCUUGCAAAAACAAUUCAUUAUCAAUUACGGCCAGCGUUACAUGUCGUCUACUUAUUGAAGGAUCAUUAGGUAUAGCAAAGUUACAUACUUGGUUAACAACAUCUCUUCCUAUGACUAUUUGAUUAGAUGAAAGAAUAUAAAUGACUCGAUUAUCAUUUUCGGAUGUCAAGCACCACAUACUUAAUAAUUACUUUUAAACUAAAUCCAAAUAGCACAAGCUAUGUAUUUUUUUAUGGUCUAAGGAUAAGAUUUAAAGAUUUAUAAACUUUGUUGUUGAC